GACCCGUUUCCGCCGUCUCCGAGUACUCACUUGUCCGAGCUAUCGAGUCCGAAAAAAUACUCUAAAAUGCCAUUUUCUUCACGUCAUUUCAAUAUCCGUACUUGGGAAAGUAGUGUUCUCUUAGAUGCUUGAAUGACUUCGGAUCCUGCAGCUCCAUUUGAAAUGCAAUCGAGCGGCGAUCCUCUUGACUGGACGGUCGACGAGGUGGUGCAGUUCCUGUGCCUGAAUCCUCAGACACCAUGGACUCUGUCUUCGUCGCGCGCCCCCCGACCGGACUCCGUCACCUUCGAGGCGGCUAUUCGGGAUAACAUGAUCACGGGGGAGGUGCUUUUGCACGAUGUGGACAAGGAGGCGUUGCGGGAUGAUCUAGGCUUGAGAGCUCUCGGUCAUCGUAGCUGUAUGCUCAUGGCCAUAAGAUACCUCCAACGGAAGUCGCCGAAGUUCCAGGGCUUCAAAUCCCAUCCAGGCGCUCAUCUGGAUGACCUGAGUUCCCCCAGCCAGUCAGCGCUGGCGACUCCGGUUCAUCUCCCUCGGCCUUCCCCGCCAGCUUGCCAUGCGUCUUCACGCCAAGUUGCGACACCCCAAAGAGCAGUCCCACACAGUCCACGUCUUCUGACCCCGUCCAUGCCUCAGGCGAGAUCUCCAGUCAAGCCACCGUUGAGCAUCCGUGAGAGUGAGCAGACCCCUGUCACCCCUGAUGGCCUCGGACCAAAUGGAAACGUAAACCAUCCUGAUGCUUCGCACCAGGAUGCUUGUCACGGCCGCCUCACGCCUAGUCCCCGACGACCCUCGGGAGACUCUGGCGCAGGGACCUUUUCUACGUCCUCAGUCACUGGUAGACGCACUCGCCCAGGCGAAGAUAUUGUUGUGGACAGUCAGGGUCAUAAAAGACGAAGAUUAAAUCUCAUCACCUCAAGUGAAGACCAGAACAUUGAGGUUUCUCCAAAACAACCCGGUAGACAACGAGAUAAAGAGUGGUAUAUGGGACCGGAUGAACUCAGCACCUCUCAGCUGUUCUAUUCUUCUGAUCCAGAUGAAGAAGACCCGACUUUCACUAUUACUGGCUCGAAGCUCCCUCAUGCACAACGCUCGUUUGUGAAUAAGAGUCUCAUUCAUUUCUAUAAGCAAAAGCCCGUUGUAUUGAACCCCAGUCAAUCGGCUCUAGUUCCCUACCGACAGUCGACCAAGCAAACAACCAAACCUUCCAAGACACCACUGGUCGUGAAUGUUAGCGGUCCCAAGCUUUUUACCUUGUAUACGGUUAAAGAUGGCAAGGUCACUGUUACUAAGGAUGAGUUGAAUAAGUGGCCGCAGUUGGUCAAAUCCGAGACUGCCGAUACCGAGAAGGAUGCCGACUCCUUUGCCUACCUCUUGCAGAAAUACCCGGCCGAGCAAAAUGAUCAAGAUGCGUAUCCCUUGUAUGGGGACUCGGGAGAUGAAGGAGAGUAUGACGAGGAGACCUGGCAGGAAAUCGAGGACGAACGCCGAGCACCAUUGCCCAAGCAGAAGACGCUUACACCUGCUGAAGUCGACUUGAUCAUUGAGAGUUGCAUUUCGGAAUAUGAGAAGAACUGGCAUGAUAAUGGAAAGAUCAGAGAGGAACCAAAGGCACGAAGGAUCUGGCUAGCAGCCAAGAAGGGCAAAUGCACCAAUGAACAGAUCAAGGGUCUCAUGCGCGAUAUCAGCCUAUUGAACAGACGAAUGGGAGCUUUCCUCAAAGCAAUCCGGGAGGGCGAAUACAAUACGAAAAAGGAGUUGCAAACCCAAUGCCAAAGCUUGGAAAAUACCGUGGCCAACAUCCAAAAGCAAAAGUGGCGCGUCUCGGUUCUUGAACAGGAGAAGUGCCCCCCGAAAUUUUCUGCCCCUGCAAGGCCUGUGCCUCCCAAGAAAACUGACACGGUGGCCGAGGAAGGGGAGUCGCUUGACUCAGAAGAAUCAGAUGCUGCGUCUACGAAUUCUCUGGAUGACUUUGUUGACGACUCUGAGAUUGUCCAUGUCGUUGGUCAAUCUGUUAGACACGGAAGUCCAACGGCCAGCGUAUCGUCGGGUGAAGAUGAUAUUAUCAGCCCUUCUGGCAAGAGGCGGAAUACCAGAGGUCGAGCUCUUCCUUUUCAGCAAUCGAGCUCUCCCUCUCCUGCCCUGAUCAACGACGACCCAGUGGAAUGCAUUGACCUCACCGCCGACUCUCCUCCUCCCGAUGACGAGGAUGAAUACAGGAUAGAGACUCCCCCUUUGAACCCGCGACAGCCUAGAACGCCACAGUCUGAAGGUCUAAUGUCUAGAGAAAUUUCCCCCGGGCCCGACCUCGGCCGUCAAGUAUAUGUUGAAAUACCCGUCGUCAAGCGAGAGGAUUUCCCAACAUCUGAGAAGGGCAGAGCGCCGAGUCUGCCUGCGAUCGAUGACGUCGACAAGUUAAAGAUGGUUUCCUGGAGGCUAUUGGAGGAGCGCCCUGACCGUCGCAGGCUGUUGGCAAAGCUGAUCAUAGCCCUGCCAGAGGAUGAGCGAAAAAACUUGACUAAACAGAUUCCUAGAUAUGAUGAGGAUGACUUGGGAAAGCUUACGCGUAAUGCUCUGAGGAGAAUUAUCAAAGGCAAAGACUCAAUGCAUGACAUGGAAGCCUCUGAAAGUCAGUUGAUCAUGCGCACGGCGUCACUAUACAUCUCAUGGGUAAACUGCGCCCACUAUACCGGAAAGGGCUUCCCAAAAGACGAUGUUAAGAAAGCGAUAAAUGACAUUGCAGGGUUUCCUGAUUUCAACGGAAACCUCCAUUUACGCUUGUCUGCAUAUCGUGCCUGGGAAAAGGAGACGUGGGGAGAUGAAUCAGAAGCACAAUCAGGUGUUGGCGAUACGCCCCACAAGAAGCGGAAGAGGGAGGUGAAAGAGAGCCAGGAUGCCAAGAUGAACCAGGAAAGUGCGCAGCUUCGAGUCGCCCAUCAAGAAAAGCUGAGGAAGAGGCUCGAACGGAAACUGGGGAAAAUGGGGGUUAGCAACACCGAUGCCACACAUCAGGCGGUCACCUUUGGCAAUCCGGUCAUCUACUUGGACCCUCAUAUUGGACAGCGCGUCAAACCCCAUCAACUGACAGGCGUCCAGUUCAUGUGGCGAGAGCUGAUAAAAGAUGACAUGCGACAGGGCUGUUUACUGGCUCACACAAUGGGCUUGGGCAAAACAAUGCAAGUAAUCUCUCUUCUGGUGACGAUAGCGAAUGCGGCUGCCUCGGACAGUCCGGCAAUCAGACGGCAGGUCCCUAAAGCUCUCCAUCGGUCCCAGACACUCAUUCUUUGCCCGUCGUCACUAAUUGAGAACUGGUACGAGGAGUUUCUCAUGUGGACCCCUAAAGACUCAGCCAUUGGGCCCGUGAACAAAGUCACAAGUUCCGAUUGGGUUAAGGAGAGACUGGAGACCGUUUCUCGCUGGAACGACGAGGGCGGGGUGCUUCUUGUUAGCUAUGACAUGUUUCGAACAUGGAUACUAAAUAAAGAAACCAGCAAAAGACCCAAGCCUCUAUCGGAUAGUGACCAUGAGAACAUGAAACGAUGGCUUCUGGAAGGUGCUAACCUCAUCAUUGCCGAUGAGGCUCAUAAGAUGAAAAACCCGAGCUCGGCAAUCACUGCAGCAGCCAUGCAGUUCCGUUCCCAGAGCCGCAUUGCUCUAACGGGCUCCCCUCUCGCCAACAAUCUUGUGGAUUAUUUUACCAUGGUCAACUGGAUUGCUCAGGGAUAUCUGGGAGAAUUCACGUCAUUCAAAGCUAACUUCGUCGAGCCUAUCGAGGAGGGGCUGUAUAUCGACAGCAAUUACACUGAGCGGAGACGGUCUCUUGUGAAGCUUCAGGUCCUGAAGUCUAUCCUCGACCCCAAGAUCAACCGCGCGGAUAUCUCUGUUCUCGAGGGGAGCUUGCCUCCCAAAGUCGAGUUUGUCCUCACUGUUCCCCUCACAAGCGUGCAGCAGGCGGCGUACAAUCUUUAUGUGGACUCGGUCCUGCAAGGACGAACUGAUGUCAGCAAGGUGCAGCUACUGUCUUGGAUCGCCAUUCUGGGAUUAUGCUGCAAUCACCCGGCAUGCUUCAGGAACAAGCUGCUUAGCAAAGCUAACGAUGCGCACAAACUGGACAAGGCGUUGGAAGGGAUCGAGCCAAGUCUCUGGGACAAGCCCAUUAGCCAGCUGGGUCUGGAUAUCGCAAAUAUCGUUCCCGAGCAAGAACAACUUUUUUCCGCCGUCCCUGACAUGAAUGCCCCUGCACUGUCGUGUCGAGCGCAGAUUCUAGACAGGAUUAUCGCUGAGUCGAUCCGCGCAGGAGACAAAGUGCUUGUGUUCUCUCACAGUUUACCUACCCUCGACUACGUGGAGCAGAUGUUGAAAAUGUCUGGAUGGAAAUACUGCCGUCUGGAUGGCGCCACGCCGAUCGCUGGGAGACAGGCCGCCACUAAGCGGUUCAACCGUGAUUCCACGGAGAAUGUGUAUCUGAUCUCGACCCGUGCAGGAGGUCUCGGCCUCAAUAUCUUCGGCGCCAACCGGGUUGUCAUCUUCGAUUUCACAUUCAGUCCUGUCUGGGAAGAGCAGGCUGUCGGGCGUGCCUACCGUCUGGGCCAGCAGAAACCAGUCUUUGUCUACCGGUUCAUCGCGGGCGGUACAUUCGAAGAAAUCAUGUACAACAAGACCGUCUUCAAGACGCAACUCGCUUUCCGCGUCGUCGAUAAGAAAAACCCGGUGCGCUCGGCGACAAAAUCGCUCGGAGAAUAUCUCUUCCCAGCGAAGCAAACGCCGCAGGAAGAUAUCACGCAAUUCCUUGGAAAAGACCCCGAAGUCCUAGACAAGAUUAUCCGCGAGGACGAAUGCUUACCUGAGAGGUUGAUUCGGAAGAUCACCCUCACGGAGACGUUCCAAAAGGACGACAAUGACAAGUUGACCGACGAAGAGAAAAAGGCAGCCCAGGAGCAACUCGAUGAUGAGCGACUUAAGCGUACCGACCCAGACCGUUAUCAAAAGGUGAUCAUAGAAAGACAAAGGGCGACGAUGGCUCAAUCCUAUCCGAACAUCUCAACAACGCAGUACGCGACACCGUACCAGCCGCAGACGUUGCCGCCCCAGUCGCAGCCUCCGCAUACUCACCCUCCACCACCAACUCCCCCAGUCCCACCCACCGUCCCAUCCAAUGUCCACAACUUUGGUCCUCCUGCUCUGGCCCCGGACAUGAGCGUCAUGCAGCCAUCGACCCCGGCUUCCGACCCCAUGUAUAUUCCAAUCCCGGGUCUAUCCACAACCCUCCAUCGCCCUCUCGUCCACAGCGAGCCCGUAUCCCCACAUAAUCAUCAUGGAUUCCACCCGUCUCUACAAAGCGUCUCCAACGGUCUCCCUGGACAGCCAUCCGGUCCAGCUACCCCCGCAUCUGCAUCCGCACAACCCAACACCACCGCCGAAGAGCAACGAGGGCAAUCCGAACCCGUACCUUCUUCAUCCCAAGAAGGGGCCAAAAAUCGCUGCAGAACACAAUGA